AAAACACCCCCACCGAGUUUUAGUAAGGGGACAGUCAGAGCCUUAUUGGCACAUUUUCCACAAAGGCUUCCUGGGUUGUAAUGUCAACAACUGGCUCCAUCCAGCUCAGCAAACAGCAAAAAUCAGUGACAGGAAGAGAAACGCCCAGUUGCUGCUGCAGGGGGGGUGAGUCUCUGAACUCAGGAAAGUGAAACUAACCCGGUCACACUGCCCAGACGGAGCCAUGGCUGCGGAGAACCUCGUGGAAAAUCUCCAGGAAGAAGUGACUUGUCCCAUCUGUCUGGAGUAUUUCAGAGAACCUGUCACUCUGGAGUGUGGGCACAAUUUCUGCCGAGCCUGCAUCACCCAGUGCUGGGAGGGAUCCGAUACAGACUUCUCCUGUCCUCAGUGCAGAGAAACUGUGCAACAGAGAAACCUCAGGCUGAACAGGCAGCUGGCAAAUGUCCUAGAAAUAGUCAAAGAGCUGAAUUUACACAAAGCAAAAGGCAGAGGAGAGGAUGGUAUGUGUAUGGAACACCAGGAGCCUCUCAAACUGUUCUGUGAAGAGGAUCAAACCCUCAUCUGUAUAUUGUGUGAUAGAUCAGAGGCUCACAGAGCUCACACGGUGGUUCUCAUAGAGGAGGCUGCCCAGGAGUACAAGAAGAAAAUUCAGACCCAUUUGAAAACUCUGAGGAAAGAGAGAGAAAAGCUCCUGAGGCUGAAUGUGGUUGGAAAGAAGAGAAUCCAGGAAUAUCUGAAACAAACGCAAACCAAGAGGCAUAAGAUUGUGUCUGAAUUUCAGCAACUGCGGCUGUUCCUGGAGGAACAAGAGCACCUCCUGCUGGCCCAACUGGAAAAGCUGGACAAGAAGAUUGUAAAGAUACAGAAUGAAAGUAUCACCAAAUGCUCUGAGGAGAUUUCCCGUCUCGGUGACCUGAUCAGUGAGAUGGAGGGGAAGUGUCAGAAGCCAGAGAGUGAAUUCCUGCAGGAUGUCAGAAGCACCUUGAGCAGGUGUGAGAAGGGGGAGUUCCAGCAGCCGGUGGAGAUUUCUCUUGAACUGGAAAAGAGCCUGAGUGAUUUCGCCCAGAAAACUAUUGCUCUAAUGGAGACGCUGAGGAAGGUCAAAGGAAUCAGAAUUGCUUGAUCUGCGGUGUACCAUGGAAGGAAACAACACCAGAUUACUUUUGUAUUGACGGAAUAGCUGCGCACAGUGGACCAUCACAUUUGGGCUCAGGAAACAAACACAGGGGUCGCACCUUCCUGGAACUGUGUGUGGAGCUCACCCCAGUACUGCAGUGCAAGGACUCCAAAAUGAGGGGUACCAUCUUAGUGGAGAAGCACAUGGCGAUUGCUGUGUGGAAACUGGCAACUCCAUACUACUACUGGUCAGUCAUGAAUCAGUUUGGAGUCGGGAAGUCCACCAUUGGGGCUGCGUUAAUGCAAGUAUGCAGGGCCAUUAAUCACAUUCUGGUUCAAAGGACAGUGACUCUUGGCAAUAUGAGUGAAAUAGUGAAUGGCUUUGUGGCAAUGGGAUUCCCUGACUGCGGUGGGGUGAUAGAUGGACCAUCUUGUGACAUAGUACAUCAAUAGAAAGGAGUGUUGCACUUCUUUAUGGUGUUGCAGACACUUGUGGAUCACCAUGGGUGUUUCACUGACAUCAAAGUGGGGAAGGUGCGUGACACAUGCAUCUUCAGGAACACUGGCCUGUACAGAAAUUUGCAGUCAGUGGGGGAUGUUGAAAUGCCCGCAGUGAUUCUGGGAGACCCAGCGUUCCUCUUAAUCCUAUGGCUCAUGAAGUCUUACAUGGGAAAGCUGGACAGCAGCAAGGAGCACUUCAAUAAUAGGCUGAGCAGGUGCAGAAUGACUGUAGAAUGUGCAUUUGGCAAAUUAAAAGUGCACUGGCCCUGCCUUUAUGACAAGUUAGACCUAAAUGAGGAAAAUAUUCACAUGAUCAUAGCAGCCUGCUGUGUGCUCCAUAAUAUUUGCAAGGCUAAGGAUGAAAAGUUUCCCCAAUGAUGGAGCACAGAGGCGGAUCGCCUGGUGACUGAUUUUGAGCAGCCAGAUACCUGAACUCUUAGAGGGGCACAACAGGGGCUAUUCGAAUCCAGAAGGCUUUGAGACAACAUUUUGACAAUGAGCACCAGUAAUAUGUCUCUCUCUAUACAGCACUCUACCAUGCUUUGCUAACUUGCCACCAUGCAUGAAAGUAGCAAUGAUUCCUGAUUCGGAUUUUUACUCAGCAAAUGAUCAGAUUGCCACUACGUAUUACUACCAGCAGCAAACACCAUGUCUAGGAAACAAAUAAAG